AUGAAACCGUUUGUGUUGUUGUCCACCUUGGUGGCACUCGCCAGUGCUAGGCCAGAAGCUGGUUACAGUUACAGUCCCCCAUCUAGUUCUUAUGGAGCUCCAUCCGGUGGCGGUGGAGGCUUUGGAGGUGGAAUAGGGGGCGGAAUUGGAGGAGGCGGAAUCGGAGGCGGCGGAAUAGGAGGCGGCGGAAUCGGUGGCGGUUUCGGAGGAGGCGGCGGCGGCGGUUUCGGCGGCGGCGGUGGCCUAGGAGGAGGUGGAUUUGGAGGCGGCGGUGGCGGAGGAGGCUUUGGAGGUGGAAUCGGCGGUGGUUUCGGAGGCGGCGGCGGCGGCGGUGGAGGCGGUGGAUUCGGAGGUGGUUUCGGCGGUGGUACCACCAUCCAAAAACACAUCUACGUACACGUACCCCCACCAGAGCCUGAAGAAUUCAGACCUCAAAGACCUAUCUCAAUUGGACAAGCCCAAAAACACUACAAGAUCAUCUUCAUCAAGGCACCAAGCGCACCUGCGCCAACUGCUCCAGUAAUUCCACUCCAACCUCAAAACGAAGAAAAGACCUUGGUCUACGUCUUGGUCAAGAAACCAGAAGAAGCACCAGAAAUUAACAUUCCAACUGCUGCACCAACACAACCCAGCAAACCAGAAGUAUACUUCAUCAGAUACAAGACCCAGAAAACAGCUGGAGGCGGCGGUGGUUUCGGUGGUGGUAUUGGAGGAGGAAGCGGCGGAGGAUUUGGAGGCGGCGGUGGCGGUGGAUUCGGAGGCGGAAUCGGAGGUGGCAUUGGAGGCGGAGACGGUAUCGGAGGUGGUAUCGGAGGCGGAAGCGGCAUUGGCGGUGGCAUCGGAGGUGGAAUCGGAGGCGGAAUCGGAGGCGGAAUCGGAGGUGGAAUCGGAGGUGGUCAUGGUGGUGGUGGCGGAGGAGUAUCCUCCAGCUACGGCCCACCAGGCAAAUCCGGUCCAUACUAA